AUGUCGAGCUAUUUGUGGAGGAAAUAUGCGGAUUAUGUGUACUCAAAGUGGGAGAAAACAAUUCUCUGGGACAUGAUUGACCCAUAUAGGCGGCCCAAAUCAUUCACUCCACUUGUCACGAUCUAUAUUUUCGCUUUCUAUACUGGUAUCAUUGGAUCAGCUAUAACAGAACAACUAUACAAGGAGAAAUACUGGGAAGAUCACCCCGGGCAAACAGUACCUCUAAUGAAACCCAAGUUCUAUGGAGGCCCUUGGAAGAUAAUGAGGGGAGAGGUUCCUUCGCCCGCGCCCAAUCAGCAAUAG